CAAGCCAAACCCAAGGGAAACUCACACUGGUGAUGUCAACAUCAUGGUACAAUUUAAAGCGCACAGAGGAGUUUGGUGACAGCUUCACACUGCUGGUGAUAACAGAGUGACUCUGGGAGCGCAGUCUCGCGAUGGAGCCGCGCGCCGCCAAGAAAGAGCUGCAUCAGAGGGUGUUUGUGAACCGGAGUUUGAGGCUUGAAAACAUCAAGUGCUAUGGCUUCGACAUGGAUUACACUCUGGCAGUGUAUAAGUCUCCAGAGUAUGAGAGUCUGGGCUUUGAGCUGCUCAGGGACAGGAUGGUGUCAGUCGGAUAUCCACACGAGCUGCUGGGCUACACCUACGACCCCACCUUCCCCACGCGAGGACUGGUGUACGAUACCACGUACGGGAACCUGUUGAAAAUCGACUCGAAUGGAAACAUCCUGUUGUGCACUCACGGCUUUGAGUACCUGAGAGGGUGAGUGAGGGUCAGUGGUGCACUGAGUGAGAGUUUGCUCACGGUUGAAAGGCAACAAACCCAGUGUGAAGAAGCAGCGGGGUCAAGAACGGUUAUAAACUGAUCAAGAGAGACUAGCACAGCCGAGCGAGGCAUUUAGUCUUUAAUAUCACAAGUUAAUGCACUCAAUGUCUUAUUAUAGCAAAAGUUAGCCGAACUUAAUAUUUAAAUCACUCUGAUUCCUGGACAAAUCAUUCAGACCAGUUUUUUGAACCAGAUUUUUAAUCAAAAUGUGCUUUCUUUUUUUUUUUAUCAUAACAAUACACGUUUACAGCUGUGCUCACAUAAUUGCCAUAGUUGGAAACGAGUUAUUUUGGAUGUGUUGAUUUAAUUGCAAACAAACAGGGAAACUCCUAGACAGAUGUGUGUGUGCCCUAUUAAGAUCUGUUUUCAUGAGAAACCAAAACCUGUUUUGUGAAAAGCUGGUUUGACACCAUUUUGACAACAAUUAAAUGUUCUGCAGUUGAGAAGAGCUGGAAAUGUAUUAGUUAAUGCUCUGUCAUGUGACACUGAAGACCGGAGUAAUGAUGCUGAAAAUACAGCUUUGACAUCACAGGAAUACAAUUACAUUCGGAAAUAUAUUCAAUUACAGAAUAGACCUUUUAAUCUGUAAUAAUAUUUCACAAUAUUAGUAUUUUUACUGUAUUUGUUUACCAUUUUUUUGACAUCAAAGGAUUUAGUCAAGUAUAUUUAAGUAUACUUGACUAAUACUUACAAAAAGUCUAAAUAUAUUUGAGCUAUACUCCUAGAA